AAUUUUAGCUAGUAUAUUUGUGUUUUCAAGCCAGUAAACAAUGCCGACAUCGAAGUAUUACGUACAAACAAUGCCGACAUCAAAGCAUGCCAAGAGUGAGAGGUGGAUAUCAAAUCUUCUAUCUUUGCAUGGGCCCCUCUUCCAUAACAGGUGGAGUUCACAAAAGCUAUCACCGUUUAUUAACCUCCAUUAGUGGUACUAUUUAAGAAUGUGCUACGUAGUGUAUGAUAUAUUACUUUUCUCUACUUUAAAUCACAUCCAUAAUAGUGGACAACCUCUUACUCUAUACUACCUUCCCUAAGAUCCUAACUCUCAAAGUUGGAAACUAAACAAGUGUGAAACAUGCCUAGUGGUAGCAUUUCAGGGUCACUGUCUUCUCCCAAGGUGGAUGUGGUUAUUGACACUGGCAAUCCAUUCCUUAACCUCACUGUUGAUGGUUUUUUGAAGAUUGGAGCUGUUGCAGUUACAAGAUCAGUUGCAGAGGAUACCUAUAACAUUCUUCGAAAGGGAAGCAUCUCAAGUAAUGAUUUUGAGAAAACUCUGAAGAAGUUGUGUAAGGAAGGUGCAUACUGGGGAACUAUAGCCGGAGUGUAUGUUGGAAUGCAAUAUGGUUCAGAGAGGAUCCUUGGCACCAGGGACUGGAAGAAUGCCAUGGUCGGAGGUGCAGUGACAGGGGCUUUGGCAUCUGCAGUCAGCAACAACAAAGCAGACAAGAUUGCAAUAGAUGCCAUUACAGGGGCUGCAAUUGCGACAGCUGCAGAAUUCAUAAAUUACCUUACCUGAAUGAACAAUACUCGAUAUGUUGUUACAUUUAGUCUCCUUUGUCUUUGUCUUACUGGUUAUGUAAUAAACUACUCUUAACUUCUUUUGUCAAUGACAUUUUCACUGUUCAGCAAAUAAAUGGGUUAUGGUUCAAAUUUAAAACA